GACGAAACGUUGGCGCAUUUAGCUGCGAUUGUGGCCGUGUCUUUGCGAAUUUAGUGCGUUUAGUGAAAUUGAAAUUGAAAACGUUGGCUAAAAUGCGGCUAUUGCUGCAGACUGAGUGUGUUUAUAAAUUGUGCUGGGCCCUGGGCGAACGUAACAUAGUUGCCUAUUGAAAAAAAAAAAAAGCAACGAGAGAAAUAAAUCAAACCGAGGCAAGAAAUUCAUUUUUGAGAUUUCAGUCUAAAACACAGCAACAUUUCGUGCGGUUCAACGAAUUAGUGAAAUAUUCGUUUUAAAUAUAAAUAUAACAAAUCAUAAAAAAUAAAGCUGCAAAGCUUGGAAAGUGUAUUUUCUUGCCCGAAUAACUGUAAUAAUCGAGUGUGAUCCGUCCGAGUUGCGCGUCCAUCGAAAUGCUAAAGCUAUUCAAGAAAUCCAAAGACAAAAUUCCCAAAUCGGAGAUCAUCAACGAGCCGAAGGAGCCCCAAAAGCCGGCCGUCUCCAAAUGCGGCAAGCCCCUGCUGCUGGACAACUCGCGCUGGGAGCGUCGUUUGCAUAAAGAACUGAUGUCCUUGAUCAAGGAGCCGCCGCCAGGUGUGACUGUUGACACCGAAAGCGUACAGCAAAACUUAUCAGAAUGGAAAAUAAAUAUUAAAGGUUUCGAGGGCACGCUUUACGAGGGCGAGGACUUUCAGCUGCUGUUUAAAUUCAAUAAUAAAUAUCCCUUUGACUCGCCAGAGGUAACAUUCAUUGGUAGCAAUAUACCGGUGCAUCCGCACGUCUACAGCAAUGGUCAUAUCUGUCUGUCCAUCUUGACCGAGGACUGGUCGCCGGCAUUGUCGGUGCAAUCGGUGUGCCUUAGCAUAGCCUCCAUGUUGAGCAGCUGCCGCGAGAAGAAGCGACCGCCGGACAACACGCUCUACGUGAAGACAUGCAACAAGAAUCCCAAAAAGACUAAAUGGUGGUAUCACGAUGAUUCUGUUUAGUUAGCGUUGCGAUUUAUGACUACUGCCUGCUGCUUGCAUUGCGCAUACACUACAACAAAAGGAAACGUGAAAAGCAAAACCCAAACUCAACAACAACAACAACAAUAACAACAUCAACAACAAUAACAUCAACAACAUCACAUAUAUCAACUGAGCUAAGUAAGAAACCAAUUUGUUGCCUGCCUGCCUGCUAGCUAGGACAUUGCUAAUAACAGCAGCAACAAGCACAGCGACAACAACAAUUGCAAUAGCCAACAACAAUAACAACAAUCAAUAAUUAGUCAACAAAAAUCAAUAAUAGUUUAUCAAAAAUCAACAACCAUUUGGAACUGCACUUUCUUUAAGGUCUAGGCACGUUAGGUGUAAAUUAGCUGUGACAUAUUUGAAACACAUUGUUACAUACAAACAUUCAUAAUAAUUACAUUCAUAUACAUAGAUACAUCCAAAACCAAGCAGUGCACUUUGAGAGCAAAACAAAAUGAGCCCAAAGAGAUGUCGCUGGGCAACAAUGAAUUAGUCAAAUAUAUAUGUAAUAAUAUAUAUUUAUUACGACAAAAAAAAAAAAAAGAAAUACCUUA